AUGUCGAAAGGGUUUGAGACGAAGCGGUUCGGUCGAUGCAGUGGACGAACGAAAUCGCGUGGGACAACCGCUGCAGUGACCGAGUGUAGGAUGGAUGGGGCCGGGGACGAAGAAAAGGGGGAUCACGGAAGGAAUUGUCUGGUACAAGUUGGAGUCAACGUCUUUGUCCAGAUACAUGCGCUCAGGGUGAAACAACUAUCGCUCCAGGGCAUGCACGACUUUGCGUCGGGGUCAUCCACGAUGAAACAAGCAGCCGAGCAGGGAGUUCCGAUUCGAGUUCUCAAUCAAAUUUGUCUACCAGAAACAGACGUCGCCGACGAUGACGAUGACACUGGGAGGACGGGCAGCGACAAAGCACAAAUGCUGCACCUAAAGCCGGGACGAUCCUCUUGA